CCACUACAGGAGAAUUGCAGACAGCCAUCCUCACUGUAAUACCCCAGCCUCCGCUCCCCCUCCUUUCUUUCUCUCUCUCUCUCUCUCUCUCUCUCUUUCUGUCUUUCUCUUACUAUCUCAGAAAAAAGAAUACAACACACUAGCUUCAUUUGAAGCAACAGCAAUUUAAAUGCUUGCAGCUCAAUCACUGUAUUCAGAUACUGCUGGAAUAGCAGAGCAUUCAAGCUCAGGCAGCAGCGAACUGAAAACCUGACCGUUCGAAAAAGAAAAAGCAAAAUACAGAAGGAAAGAAAGAAAGAAGGAAACCCAACAACAAUCCCAUAACUCGCUUCAGCUCAUUCAUAUUUCUUCCCCCAGCAGCACUGGGGAAGGGACUGGGCAGCUCGGUCUCAGAAAGACUCCUGCUCCCACCUUCUGCAUCUUGACGACAUGGCACUGAAACUCCCAGGAACUGUUCCCCUCUGUAUUAUCAGCCUUGGAAUUCUACUCAUGGUGUGUGCUGUCCCUGCUGAAGCUGGGCUGUCUCAGAAACAUGGUCCAGAUAUUGCUGAUGACAGCAAUGACAACAUCACCAUCUUCACGCGCAUUCUGGACAGGCUGUUGGAUGGGUAUGACAACAGACUGAGACCUGGGCUUGGAGACAGUGUAACUGAAGUCAAGACAGACAUUUACGUGACGAGUUUCGGCCCUGUCUCAGACACAGACAUGGAAUACACCAUUGAUGUUUUUUUCCGUCAGUCUUGGAGAGAUGAAAGGCUAAAGUUUGAUGGCCCCAUGAAGGUCCUACCCCUUAACAACCUGCUGGCCAGCAAGAUCUGGACCCCUGACACCUUCUUUCACAAUGGCAAGAAAUCAGUAGCCCACAACAUGACCACGCCCAACAAGCUUCUGCGCCUGGUGGACAAUGGCACCCUCCUGUACACCAUGAGGUUAACAAUCCAUGCUGAGUGCCCCAUGCACCUGGAGGACUUCCCAAUGGAUGUACAUGCCUGCCCACUGAAAUUUGGAAGCUAUGCCUACACGAAGACAGAGGUAAUCUAUACUUGGACGCUGGGGAAAGAUAAAUCAGUAGAAGUGGCAAAAGGUGGAUCUCGCCUCAAUCAGUAUGAUCUUUUGGGCCACGUUGUUGGAACAGAGAUGGUUCGAUCUAGUACAGGGGAGUACGUCGUCAUGACCACACAUUUUCACCUCAAGCGGAAGAUUGGGUACUUUGUGAUACAGACAUACCUGCCCUGCAUUAUGACUGUCAUCCUAUCACAGGUCUCCUUCUGGCUUAACAGAGAGUCUGUCCCUGCCCGAACUGUUUUUGGUGUUACCACAGUCCUCACCAUGACCACCCUCAGCAUCAGCGCCAGAAACUCCUUACCAAAAGUGGCGUAUGCGACGGCCAUGGACUGGUUCAUAGCCGUCUGUUACGCCUUUGUGUUUUCUGCGCUGAUCGAAUUUGCAACAGUCAACUACUUCACCAAACGCAGCUGGGCCUGGGAUGGCAAAAAGGUACUGGAGGCCCAGGAGAUGAAGAAAAAGGAGCCAGUGGCACUGGUGAAGAAGACCAACAACACUUACAAUAUUGUGGGCACAACAUACGCCCUCAACAUCACCAAGGACCCCGGCCUGCCCACAAUCUCCAAGAGCGCUGCUGCCACUGCCGCCGCCACCACCAUGCCCCCCAAGGUGCCCUGCAUGGAGGAGAAGCCUCCUGAAAGCAAGAAGACCUAUAACAGUGUCAGCAAAGUGGACAAGAUGUCCCGCAUUGUCUUUCCUGUUCUCUUUGCCAUUUUCAAUUUGGUCUACUGGGCCACAUACGUAAACCGGGAGUCAGCUAUCAAGGGAAUGAUCCCCAAACAAUAAAACCAGCCACACAAACCUUCCAUCUGUGAGCGCCAUUCAGGCAGGAAUUCUCUGGAGCUUUCUUCUCCAUUUGAGUUGUUAUGCCUAUUAAUUUAAUUAUAAUUUGAAUGAGAUCAAUGUAAUCAAAACUGUAGUAUUUAUUUAAUCCGUUAUUCAUUCAUUUUAAUUAAUUUGUGAUGAUGAUCAAGACAAAAGGAUCAUAAAAAGUGUGCCUCUAACAUUGUGAGUCUGACGUCCUCCCAAGCCACCCCUCACCCUGUCUCUCUCCCUUCAUCCUCCCUGAAAUGAAAGCUGCUUGCAUACCAUUUUCAUUCUAUGCUAAGCUCUGCUGAGGCCUGAUGGUAUAUUUUUCCUGUGUCCUCCUGCCCUGAGAUGGACUGCCACAGUGCGUCAGUCCCCUUUGCUUAGAUGCUCCUAGCAACAUGUGUUCAGGGAUGUAAUGGGCUUUGUAAAUGUCCUGCCAUUUGUAUUGGUUUUCAGUGUUAUUCCUUAUGAUGAGCUUUAUUCAUAGUGUAUCAGCUGUCUUGGUUGGUGAGCUGUCCUGGAUUCAGGGAGCUGCAGAGGCUGCAUCCCUUAAUUUUACUGUAGACAGGUGAUUCUAGGGCAGUCAUGCAACUUUAAGGAUUAAUGGGCUGGAGGAAGCCUCAGCUAUAGUGAAACAGAUGACAGUGCCAUGUAUAUCCCUAUAGGGCUGCCAACUCUCCAUCUUGGCUGUACCAUCUGCCUUACUUCCUCUUUCCACCUCCCCCAGUAGAAGUAUCUUAAGAGCAUCUCUUUCUAGUUGAAUCUUCCUAUGAAGGCACAAUAUCAAGCAGGAAAUGCUUGUUUCUUCACUGUUCUGGCCUCUAGUAGGCCAGAAUGUCAUAUUACAGGUUCAGGUGCUUUCCGUCAGACAGAGAAACACAGACCAUCAACUGAAGUCCCUAUUAAGUCAAGACACCAGAGCAGAACCAAGGUUGCCUAAACCUUGGAAGUUAGAAGCUAACGUGGCAUAUGUGUUCUGAUGUGUGGCUUUAGUUGUUGGGUUUUUUUUUCUGUUUCUUCAGUCCCUUUUUCCUGCUCUCCAUUGCCCUCCAUUCUCCUCUCCCUACUCCCAACACAUCUUACCUAGCAACCAUGUCUCAAAAUCGCACCCUUCUCUGCCUUCUCUUUCAUUGCCUGAGGAUGAACUUCAGCCAGGAAGGUGACAGCAGCUGGACUUUCAAGUUUUAUAGAGCAACAAUGAUGUUACCUCAGGCUACAAAAGAAUACAUUUCUGUCUUGAUUCAGGGAAGGGGCGAUCCUGACUUGGGAGCAAGAGUGAUAGAGAGUUGGCCGGGGGAAGAACAAUAGGCCUUAAACUGAAGGGCUCUUGAGUACUCUGUGUCUGGUGAAAUCCGUGGGAGUGAGGAUACCCAAAACCAUGUCUGAAGCACUGAAACUGUAAAAUCAGGCUCUUUGAAAAGGCACUUUUAAUAUUUAAUAUGUGAAGUUCUUGAUUCUGUUAUCACUAAAAUCCAUGUAAGUGAGGGGAGAAAGCCCUGGAGAGAGGCUCUUAGCCCUUUGCAACUGCCCCAUUUACAGGGACCUAAUGACAACCUCAUCUUCCCCAACAGCAGGGCUGAGAUACUGAGAUCCCAUCUGUGCAUUUCUCCUCCUACUUCCCUCACUGGUGUCCAGACAUGGAUAUGCUGUCCUAACACAGGGCAUUUCAUGUUGUAUCUGGUAAACUCUUGUUUUCUCUACCAGCAGUACUGAUCAAUCUGUGUCACUUUCCUUCACCCCAGUGCAACCCCAUGGUUUCUUUUUUGGAGGAGGUUGCUACGAGUCCUGCUCUGUGGGCUGCUGUAAUGACCUCCUUCCUGUGCAUAAUGAUCAUGUAUCAGCUUCAACUUAGUCCUCUCAUAUUCUGCAAUGGGGCAUUUUGGAUGAAGCUGACUACUAAGCAAGUGAUCAGCAUGAGACACAUGUGCCCCCCCUGGAAGGAUCAAGUGGGAUGUACAUGUACAUUUGCAACAUUCUGGACCUCUGCGUAAGGGGCCAGUCUCACCCUUCAUGGAUAGAGGGUGUGCCCCACCUGGAAUAUUCACCAGGAUGGCAGGAUCAGAGAGGAAGGGCCCAGGGAAAGAUUUGUUGUGGUCUAUUGUGUAAUCCUUACUUGAGUAAACAAGAUCUUGUUCACAGAUGCCCUGGCAGCCAGACCACUCCUGUGCCUUCUGGUGACUGCAGCAGAACAGUUAACUGUCUUGUUACAACUUCUGGGACAGGAGUGCAGGAACCUCAGGACUAGAUCAGACCCAUGCUCCAUCUGAGUUAAUAUCCAUGUCUCCAGAGGUGGCUAGUUCUGCAUGCUGCAGGGGCAGGACUCCCUCCACAAGCCUUGUGGGGUAAUGUGACAUCUACAAUUCCAUGCUCCCUUCCAUCCAAGAACAGAGCACACAGCCGCCCCCCCCUCCCCCCGCCUGCCCCCAACAGCAUGUGACUUUCCUACAGUGCCUUUCAUCCCAGAGACCUGGCAUCACCCUCCCUAGGGUGCACCUCACCCACCAGUGCAGCACAAGCUUCUGGUCUGUUUUGCUUUGAAUGGCUAUGCUGUAGCACAGUUCAGAAAAGCUGCAGGUGAAUGUCACAUUCCACUGAGACUGCUGAGCCCCUCCAAGUUGUGAAGUUUGCCAGGAUAUAGGUAUUAGCAUUAAUAUUCUGAACACUGCUAAUUUAACAUGCCCUGGAGAUAACAUCAUCACUACUACAAACUCUUCUACUCUGACUCCAUGGGUGGUAACUGCUAACAGGAUUUUUAAUGGACAUGUUUUGUUUGUUUCUUUUGGAAAAUACUUCUAUGUCAUUUUCUUAAAUACACUUUGUCUAGGUUAUCUCAUAAAACAUUCAUGGUUCUAUAAUACUCAGGCUUAAGUGAAUGAAAUAGAAACCCUUUAAAAACACAAUAAAACAGUAAUAAUGAGUAUAUUGUGUUUACAAAAGGAAUUGUAUUGAAUGCAAGUUUCAAUAUUGGCCCCGCAACAUUGCUGUCUCUGAAUAACCUCAGCGUAGGAAAGCAACACGAACUAAUGGGAUACAUACAUUCUCCUUAAUCCAUUCUGACACAGGUGGCAGAGAUUCCUUUGCCUAAUAUUUCUUUAUGGGGGGUUCUUACCAAUGAAAGCUGUACUUGUUGUACAUUUUUUCAUGGUUGUUGAAUGCAACGCUCUCUGAAUUAUUUAAAAAACAAAUACCUGGGUUAUACAAACCAAAAACAACAAACGUAUCUCAUUAGCCAGUACUUACCAUCUGAAACUUGGUCCCUACAGCAGUAUAGUGACCCCCUUGCCUAUCUAAUAUCCACCUCCAGGCACCAGGUCUGUGGUGACACUCAGGGAGGAGCAUCACCUACCGAGUCACUGGCACCCUUUCCUGUUCUACCUGGUAAAGGUAGCUUGCUGCUUUCAUAUCUAAUGUUUUACUUGUUCCAUGGGUUAGACAAGGUAACUGAUAAAAGUCUCUGAGUUAACUUCUCAAAACCAUUACUAAAUAUGCAUUGUUCUUAUCUGUUUCCUCCUCAACUUUCAGAAUAAUUUCCUACCUGUGCCCUGCACAAAUUCUUCCAAACUCAUGUUUUCUCAAUACCUAGCAACUAUUCCUAUAGAACAAUUUGUAAGUACAGAAGUGAGUAGCUGGGCCUAGGCAUGUGAUAUCAUGUUGCCCUUGUGUAUUACCCUCAGACCUUAGGUAUCUGCCUGAUAAAUUGUUCACUUUUAGGAUCUAAGGUUGUAUAAAGUGAAUGCCUCAUUCAUUCACACAAAAACCUGGCAUUGAUUUGUAUUGCUGAAUGCCAGCUGGAGGCAAAGUGACAAACAUCCUUUAGUUAAAAUAAACCCAAACAAGAUGUGUAAUAUUACUCCCAUGUGAAGAAGAAUUUUGGGAAGAUACUUAUAAAUCAAUGGUUUAACACCCACUGCUAGCUGAUAUCAGGGAACAGACAAAGUUGUUUUUUUUCUAAAAGAGACAUAGAGACAUUUCCUUUCAGCUAGCACUAAGUUGUUCAUCAACUUCCAUUUCUAAAAACUCCAGAUAAGACCUUAUCCUAAUACUAAAUUCUUGAUAAUGUAUAGAAUAAUGUCAAGGGUUCCCACUGUGGUGGACUCAGGGCUACAGAAAGUCUUCACCCUGAAGCAUUUUCAAUCUAAAAGAGGAGAGACACAGGAUGUAACUGCAGCUUUCUGAAGAAUGGAAAUGUUGUUUCACAGUGAAUUCCAAAAUCUGUUUUCUUUCCAUUUAGGAUCCAAAUUCCAACAUUAUGAAAUUCUCUCAGCAAGAACAUUUGCAUGUAUUAUUUCAGGAUUGUCAAAAUGACUUGCUUCAAUUUUGACAUUUUAAAAUUGUCCAUUGUAAAAUGUAACAUAAUCCAAAAUAAUAAAUCUAAGAUAAAAAUUCUUUUCAAAGGAAAUGUAAAAAGGUUGAAAUUAUUUUACCAUAGCUUUUUAGCCCCUUUGUUUUCCUCUGAAAUAAUAGAGCUGCAAAAUCAGCCCAGCUUUAUGAGAGGUUUUGAUUUGCAAGAACUGCAAUGGAAAAUGAUUCUAUUGACAUUUUUUCCUGACUGGUAUAUCAAGUAAACAGGCAGCAUUGAAGUGAUGGUAGCAAACAUCAUGUUAGUGUUGUCGUUUAUCCAGAGAGUGGUUUAGACUGUCUUUGAUUAUGUUCUCUCUGAUAGCAAGGCAUUUAGUUCACUGCUUUUCCCAUCACCCACACUGAAAGGGCUUCUUGAACAUCUAAGAGCAAAUAUUAACAACUAAACCUUGACAGAGAGUUAUGACGUGGUGACCUUCCUCACUACCCUGAGCUCAGCAGGAAAAAAAUUCAGUAAUACCAAUAAGUAGAUUUUAGAAACACACAUGAUGGUUUGCACGUUGUGACCCAUUCACAGUCAGAGCUUGCUGAGCAGAAGUGAGGGGAUGACCCUUCCCCAGUCCAUUCCGAUACUGUUCACAACAGGGUUUCCUUAUUCUUUCUGUCCACAACUAUUAGUUGUCCACACAAACAGGGUCACACACUAGUUCUGAACUCUAGUCUGUUUCAUGUGCAUAAGAAAUAUCUAUUUUCUACCAGUUGGCAUGAUUUCCUUUGCUCUCAUCAUGCUCCUAGCUUUGUCCCAUCAUCAUCUGUGGCUCUUCCACAAGGCCAUAGAGGACCUGCUGGAUGUACUUGUAGACAGACAUGGAUAUAUAUGUCUCACUUAAACUGGGGGGGUGGGUUCUUACUCUGAGGCAUUUAAAGUGGUGAGAACCUCUGUUCUUUGAAGAUCCUCACUCCAGGGUGCUUGGGGGAAAUGCCACCUUAAAGCCUAAUACCCAAAGUAUUGCCCCAUAUAUAUAUAUAUAUAUAUAGCAAGGCCAAUAGGAAGUUAAAGGAGCUUUACUGGGAAAUUAUUUUAUUAGGGAUAGAUCUACUAAAAGGAUAAACCUAUUGAAGGGGCAGAGCUGUUGAAAGGGGUAACUGCUUUAGAAAAUAACUUUUACAGAACUAGUCAUACUUAAGGGAUAACAUUGUUAAAAGGACUUUAAUAUAUAAUGCCAUUAAAGGAAGGGGCACUUUAAAAGGAUAGGACUACUUAAGAGAGAGGAACAUUAAGGGAUAGCCCUGCUUGAGGGAUGAUGUUAUCUGAAAGGAAGAGCUGUUAAGGGAAAUUGUUUCUUAAAGCCAUAUUCCUACUUCAGGAUAACUCAAGAAAAGGGAAAGCAGUGUAAGAGGGAAAGCCAUGCUAAACUAGUCCCUUUCUUUGUGAACUGGCAUGGAGCACUGAACUGAUUUAGGCUGUCUGGAUGAUGCCUACUGGAGAGACUAAGACAGGCAGAGACGGGGGUGCUUUAAUUAGCAAGACUCCAAGAACCAUACUAAUUGAAAUGCCAGGAGCAUCACUUCUUUCAGCAUCCCCCACUGAAAAAUGGCAGUAGGGAGCUUUGAACUAAAGCUCGUUGAACCAGCUUUAGUUUAAAGCACCCCACCACCAUUUUUCAGCACAGGGAUGCUUAUACAUGUGACACAAGUCUGCUGGAGCGUGCUAAUUACCACGCUCCAGCAGACUCAAUUAAAUGAGUCUGUUCUGAUGCACCAUGUAAAAGCCCUAAGGGUUUCUCUUGCUACUCUGUGUCUGCUCACACAGAACAGAGCAAUGAAAUUAUGCAGUCACAUGCCAAGAGCUUCUCAGUGGGUUUCCCCUUUUUGUCCAACACCUCAGGUGACCCUGAGUUCACACCGACCCCUAAAUAAAAUAAUCUCCCACUGUGUAUCCAUUAUCCAGACUGGAAAGUGAAGGAGGCAGGAGGAGGCAGCAGUGAACUACAUUUCCCAGAAUCCUUUGUGAUCUCCAGAGACUGGGGAAGGCUGAGCCUUGAACAUAUGAGCUUUCAUGGAAACUUAAACUCUUUAUUAAUGCUGAAGUAAAACAAUACUUGCUGUGUUGAGCUAAACUGCUCCUGAAGGCAUUUUGGCAAGAGUCAAUAGCUCUGUUAAUAGUCAAUACCUUGACUGCUCCAAGGUAUAAAUAUUUAGUAUUUGACCUAUUUAGUGUUCAGUCAGCCAAGUAUUCAGGUGAGGGGGGCGGUUGUGGCUUGCAAACUUUGUUUUUAAAAGUUAAAAAACAUCAUUCUGGAGCAGAGAAAAUGUCUGUUGUUCUAAUUUUCUCUUAGCUAAGUAGUUAAAUCUGCAUAAAACCAGGGCAGAGAAAGAUCCAGGUCCCUCUCAGAGUGUCCACAAUUUUCCCAAGUGAGGGGGCAGGGGACAUAGAAGCCAAUCUGUAUUUGUGGCUCACUAAUGGAUUGUUGCUUGGUACCAAGGACACUGACAGAAGGGCUGCCAAGCACCUGUCAAGAAAACCUACUAACACAGGAUACAAUUUUUAUUGAUGCUGCCCAUUUAUUACCAACACAGACACUGGGAUGUUAUCAGGGAGGCAGCAUGAUUUUCAAAUGUCCUCAGUGCUGAAUGCAAUUACUCCUCUCAAAAAUGCAGUUAGCCAAAUUAUAUGCAGGGCCAAUCUACCUGCUGACAGUAGCUAAGACUUCAGAAUAUACUUGGGUGGGCAAAGUCUGCUCAAAGCCAUCUCUUGCAGGACCUAUGUUACCCUGCAUGUCAGGGGUCUAGAACUGUCCUGGGGGUUGCAGCCAGAGUGCUCUGUAGCUAAAUACAGAACUGGGUUCCAUUUCUUUUUUUUUUCAGUGAAGGGUAUUGUAUGAAGUUUCCACUCCAGCCAGACACAGAGUCAGUUGUAUUUCUUCUCUUCCUGGAAGUGUACAAAGAGAUCGUUGUAGCUAGGCACAGGAAGCCAGUUUCUAUCUUCUUCCCUGGAACUUUGAAGAGUGCAAACCAUGUGUAUAUCAAAGGCGCACACACAAAAGGAAAACUAUAUCCCUUAUACUGAUCAACCUCUUUCUUGUCAAGGCUGGGAAGAAAGACAGAGAGAAGAGAUGUGGUUGCUAAAUGCUUGGGAACGUAUGAGCGGCUUCACUGGUUGGGGGCCUGGACCAUGUAGGACAGACAGGUAGACAGCUGGGAGCAGACUUCAAAGCCCUUAUGAAUAUCCAGAAACAGAAGCAGAUGCAUCAUGCCUUUGGCUAGUGGCCCUAGAUAUGUGUACACAGAGAAGGAAACUGUGCUGGCAUGGUAGUGCCAUUAGCAUGUCUGAUUGACUCAGAAUAAGCCAGUAAAGCAAGGAGGCCCCUCCCAUGCAAUCCUGCCAGAGUUGUUUCCUGCAGGUACCAUGACUGUAGUGACAGGCCACUUAUUGGCCUUUUGCUGAGUUAGUCAACUCUGCCCCUUCAGGCACAUCUGCUUUACAAUGUAUGCUUGUUGUUGAAAAAUCUGCCCUGUUCUAUCUCUUCUAAAAGAAGAGAAGACAGAAGCAGAGAAAAUGGAGAACAUAAAACUUGGGACUGAUGGUCCUUGGCCUCCAUCAAAUCCCAGGUUUUAUGUUCUCCAUUUUCUCUACUUCUGUUUUCUCUUCUUGUUUUCCUCAUUCUGGCUUCUAUUCUUUCUGUUCCUCUCUCCCUUCCCUUUCUCCCCUCCCCUUCAAUCCCUUCUCUACUCCCAGCCCUUUUCAUUCAUUUCCUUUCUUACCCACCCAAGAAGCCCAUGCCUAAGCUUCAGAUCCAAUCACUCAAGCUUCUCUAGGCUCCUGGACAGUAGCUGCUUAUGCAAUCUGACUCUUAGAGGAAGGAUGGGAGGGAACUGGAUACCUGAAGGGAAGGUGGAAUUGGAGGGAACUUAAGGCUUAAUGGUGCUGUAACAGUUGGUCCAGGAAUCCAAAAGCUCCUGCACCAUCAGAGUUGGGGGCAGGAGCAGUCCUGGCUGUGGCCAAGGGGAGAGCUGCUUUGCAACUCCUCAAUAUAGCCUGCACCCUAUAGCCAGUUACACCUCAGUGAGAGCAGACUGGGCCUAUUACCCAAGACAGCUGCUGGCCAAGUAGGCAGGUGCCCAUUUGUCUAGUUCUCCAAUAUGAACCUGAACACUAGUUACAGCAGUGAACGCUGCAAGUGAGACAUUUGCUAUCUCCCUCCUGGAGCAAAACAUGAUCUUACUCUGGUGCAGGAUAUGCCAGAAACAGGUCCUAGUGCUAGUUGCAUGAACACAUAGGAUGUACAUUAUGUAGCUAUCCCAUUAUAAGUGAAGAACUGUUGGUCCUCUUGCUGUGGUGACCUGCCUUAACUUAGCUGCUUUUCCUUGGUUUCCCAGUCUGUCACAUAAAAUGAGUGUAUAUUGUGCUCCAUUUGCAUUGUCAGCUUCCAAGUCCCCUCCCUCACACCACAGGACAUUUUAUGCUAUGGCUUCUGUGUUCAAAGAUGCAACCACUUAGUGUAGCUAGAAAUGACCCAGAAGUUAUCUUGAGAAAAAAACCAAAAACACACAAAAAAACCCCACCAGUAGCAAAUGAUGAAGUUACAUUUUCUUCAGGUAUAUGUGUGUAGCUUCUCUGGAGAGCAGUGAUUGCUGUGCACAUGGUAUAUAAAAUUUAAUGCCUUAAGGAAUAAAGCCUGGAUUCUCUGCUGGUGAAGUGGCCUCUGCCUAAGGCUUUUUUGCAAAUACAGCAUAUCACACAAAAAGGAAACUAAUAAUGGUUAAAGAAGAGUCUUGCUUAUUGAGAAGUGUUCUCUGUCAAACUUUUCAGUUGUGAGUCCCAUUUAGCCCCUCUUACUUCUCAAUUAUGUAAUAUUCUAUAGUUAGAUCUGAGGUUCUUUACUGCCUGGGGGAAUGACCUUGCUACAUGGACUGAAACAAGAAGUAAGGCUCUUUGACAGGUAUUAAUUAUGGCUCUUAAACACCCCUUUAAAAGGACUGUCAACUUGAAAACCUGAUUUCUGUCUGACAGUUGACUGAUUUUUACCUUUGACAACAUAUGUAGUCAGUUUUCCUUCUGUCUCUUGAUUCUCCCUUUUCUUCCCCCAUCUUUCCUACAGAGAGAUAGGAGGAAAACACAUGUAAUAACAGGAAUAAGAAUAAUGUGAUCGUAAAACCACAAGAACCUGGGGAUAGGGUCAGGCACAGGGUUAAUUUUCAUCAUGUUUCUGGUAAUGAAUUACAUUUCAAGUUGAGAUGUCCUUUUAAUCUACAGCAUAGGCAGCAGUAUUUUCAAGUCACCAAGGCUUAUUCCUAGUGUCCUGUCAGCUGGUAUUUGGUCAUUCAAAAUCAUUUAGACUGUCAUGGACAUCACUUAGAUUCUCAGUGUCCAUUGACCCUUUCUUCCCCAUUGGUCAAUAUCUGAUUUCAAGGUGGUGACACCAGCCAAUUGUUUAGCUGCAGUGCUGGUGUCUGAUGGGGGUUGUAGCAAGGUUGCUUGAGCAAAAGGCCAAAGCAGUCCAUCACAGUGAAAAAUAUACUCCAACAAAAUGCGAGACACCCUCAUUCCACUGCCUCAGAUUGAAUAUACUUCUAUGUUGCCUGUUCUGUUUUGUUUUUCAACUUGUAAGACUCCCUUUAGUAUGAGAAAGAACAUAGCUGGCAGCAGUUUAACGCAUGCAUGACAAUCCUGUUAUUUCUCCUAUGAUUGCAGCUGUAAAUAGAGAAAAAAUCCCCUUUUUUAACUUUAUUUUCUUUUUUGACUAUCUGUUAAUGACCUUCUUAAGGGAUUUCUUAUGGAAACUGUGAUCUUUCUCUCUCUCUCUCUCUCUCUCUCUCUCUCUGAAAUUUGUGUUUCAAAUGCUUUUCUGGUGCAAUGUUCAAUGCCUGUUCGUAUCUCUGAAUUGUAUUUUUCAACCUUUGCUGGAAACCUAACUUGCCCAUUCUAACUGGCAGGAUUUUUGAAUCCUGCGACUUUUUUCAGCUUAUGGCUUUUUCAAUAAGUUAAAGCAAGUGAAAAUGUUUUUUUAAACAAGGAAAUUAAAUGAAAAAAUUAAUAGAGAAGAGGUCACACUGGAUGAUGAACAAGACAAAGGAUCUGAGUGGAUACGGAGAAUUCUUCCAACUAUGUAUUAAUCUCCUGAUAUAACACACAAUAUGGGAUUGUAUGGCUUCUUCACUGAAUGAGAUCACUCUGCCACUCCAAUCUACACACUCUCUUGAACUUCAGACAAAUAAAAAUUCAUAUUUUAACAAA